UCUUAUGAAAAACCCUCCAAAAAAUUAUUAAUAUUUCAACUGAGUAGAACGCUUAUAUUUAUGCUUAGCAUUUUCACAUUUCAAUUAUUAUUAUUAUUAUUUUUUAAAAUAAAAUUAAAAAUGCUUCGAUUCCUGUCAGCAUUUACUGCUCUUCUCCUUCUCACACGCCAAUGUUCAUCGCAAGCGGCGCCGCCUUCGCCGUCAGGCGGCGGCGCUCCGUCCUCCGGCGAGUCCGAGGAGUAUCUCGCAGCGCACAACCAAGCCCGAGCUGAGGUCGGGGUCGGCCCGCUCCAAUGGAGCCCGGCCCUUGCCAAAUCCGCCAGUCUAGCGGCGCGGCUGCAACGGGACCGGCAAAACUGCAGCUUCGCGAACUUAGCCAACAGCAGGUACGGCGGCAACCAGCUCUGGGCCGGCGGCCUCAAAGUGACACCACGCGCCGCCGUGGAGGCCUGGAUCGAGGAGAAGCAGUACUACAACUACCAGAACAACUCGUGCGCGGCGGACCGCCGUUGCGGCGUCUACACUCAGGUCGUCUGGAGGAAGUCCCUGGACCUCGGGUGCGCCCAGGCCUCCUGCCCUAAAGCCCAAUCCAGCUUGACCAUCUGUUUCUACAAUCCCCCCGGAAAUGUCGUCGGAGAAAAACCUUACUAGAAUUAAUCAUUCAUUAUUAUUAUCCCUGUCCGAUCGAUCCCGUUUUUUUACUGCCUGUUUUCCGAGUUAAUAAUGAUUUUAUAUAUAUAUAGAAUCUUGCCAUAGUCUGAUCGAUUUAUCUACAAAAAUGCAAGAUCAUAGCCUCACAGAAAUGUUACAAAAUCAGGCCAAAAUGAUCAGAUCAUCUUCAAGCUCGAAAUCUAUUUUAAUUUCCUUUACACUACAGAGAUUCAACUACCGGAAAACAGACAAUGUAUUAAUCUUACUUCACCAGCUCUUUCAGUAUAAGGUACCUGAAAGCGAAGUUAUGCGGAACCCAUUCGAUGUUUUUCCGGUUCUUGGCCUGCUGCUGACAUUUCUUGAUGCUUUUCUUGUGCGAUUCGGGCAAGGAUUGUUGGAUCAUUUCGACAAUGCCAGCUUGGCACAGGCCGGAGUCCCUGGCGAACGACUCCACGAUCUUCGGCAGGAGGAUUUUGUGAUCCUUCCGGACCCCAAAUGUCGCGCGGAUAUAGUCUUCUUUUGCUGCUUCUAGUUCUUGAAACACCCGUUUGGGCGUGUACACGCGAACCUGAUGGAUAUAUACGAAAUGCAAUGAAAUCCCGGAAGCAAUCGAAUGAUGAAAUCGGUCACAAAUAAGAAGUUAAUGAGGGAUGAUUACCGCAGGAUCGGUAUGGCUCCCCGACGAAAGUGCAAAAUACAGAAGGGGCUCGGGGCGUUCGAUUCCAUACACUUGGCGUCCAUCGCCUGAUUUAAAUUUCGUUUUCGAAGGGAGUAGCAACCUAAGCCACUGUAAUAACAGAGCAAAUGUAACGACGGUUGCUGCUCGUUUGUAAAUUGAUCGUAUCGUUUAAGGAUAAUCGAGGGAAUAGUAUACCUGUCCGGGGCGAGACAUUCGGCAUCCCAAGAUCGAACUCUGUAUGGUGUCGGCACUUACUACUUGACCUCCGACGUUAUAUGCAGCCUGGAUGAACACAAACCCGAUAUCAGACAAUGUUAAAUGUUCGAAUCAAUUCCUGUCCGAAAAGGAGUGGAGUCUUUUGUGUACCUUCAAGAGCAAAAACAUCCGCUUCAUGCUGUUCUGAGGGAUGCCGUACGCCAAGAAUGCCUGUUCGUGUUAAAAUCGAAAUGUAAGCUCGACAUCGGAUGAUUAAUCUACGUCGCCAUUCGAUGUAGAUAUACUUACGUGCAUCACCAAAGCAUUGUGUACAUUGAUCCAGAAUGCCAACUUCUCCUCGUGCGACAUCUUCCGAGGGUCGAUUCCUUCCAAUUUCGAUAUUAGAGACCUGCACAACAUCAGGACAAUCGACGGCUGUAAGAAUAUUCUUUGUACUACAAGCGAAUCAGUGUAACGAAUGCACAUUCUCCUCACCGAAAGUUAUGUAGUAAGUAUUCGAUAUCGCCGAGUUUCUGACUGUCUCUGUAUAUACAAUGCACUUCAAUCAUCGUGCUGUAAGGUCCGCUGAAGUCUUUCAAACCUUCGACAUGGAAAGGAUUAUCCAGACGGACAUCAAAGGACGAAUCGUUCCUGAAUCCGGGACUCCACAGGCCGCGCUGAUCUUUCGGAGAAAAAGCACUUACGGACGACGCAGACGAGGUUGGAGAAUUGAGGCCAUAGUUUGCCAAUGGAGGAUCUGCAAGCUUGCAAUAAAUAUUACACAUACACUUAACCAUGUCUUCGGAAAGUUUGUUUGGUGUGUCUGGAAUAUGGCCUGAAAAGUGCGUGCCGAGAUGCUCUGCCAGGCUGAUCACUUGCGAGGAAGAGUUCUGCGCGUACUGUAAGAACGGCGAUAAUGUGUUAACAAUUCGAAAAUAUUCGCCUACAAGGAUCGUAGUUUUAUCGCAAAUGUACCUCCAUCAUCGACAAUGGCUGCGAAUGGCACGCGCGGAGGGCCUUUCCGAGAGUCUCAUCGGGAGGGGAGCUCGCGUGCUCCAAUGGCGAAAGUUGAGAUAACGAUGAGUGAGAGCGCUGAACGCCGGAAUCCACGAGCCUGUCGACAGAUUCCCCAUUCGCUUCCUUUCUUGAAUCGGAAUGAAACUGUGGAUCGACGGAUUCUGGUUCGGGUAUAAUCUCGGGUCUUGAAAAAUCCAGCCGUCGACACAGGGGAGAUUUCGAUCCUUC